CGCCGUGCCAGCGCGCAUGCGCUAAAUAGCUUACGAGGAUCACUUCUCGCCCGCCCCGGCGCGCACGCGGAACUCUGUCAUGCUCAAGAGAUAGUACAAAAGUGAUAAAAGUGCUGUGAAAAUGUCCCCAAAGUGCCCAGUGCCUCCUCUCCAAGAAGUCACACUGUCUCUAGUAGCGAGACAACUCAUCCACACUCUCUCCAGAGUCACCGCAGACGAAGAUGUCGACAUGCUCUUCGCGAUGGUCUCGUCGUAUUACGAGCAGAUGGGGGCCACUAGCGACAUAUUUCAAGAUCUCAUGAACUUAAUAUUAAGCUCCGAAUACCUCGACCCAUCUAUCAGAUACUUCACAAUGAGAUUGCUACUUAAAGAAAAUGUGAAGACUCUUGCCACAGGUAUGUUCCCGUGUCCAUACUACAGGAAAGUCCUUGAACUGAUUGUUGAACAAGGACAUCAUCUAACAACCCUUAAUCUAAAAGGAGUGUGGGUUAAAGAAGAUCACCUGACGCUCAUGUAUCAUCUAAUCAAGAAUCUUACGAACCUCACAGUUCUUCAUAUCCCUUACAUCGCUAACGACGAAGUGCUCAAAUUCAUCGGCGAACACAACAAACAGCUAAAACUCUUAGAUGUAUCCGGAGAAACGGACAUCACAGAAAUCGGUAUAGACGCCAUGUUGUCUGGAAAUCCGGAGCUAACUCGAAGCCUAACCGUGGUCAACAUAGGAAUGUACGGCGAAGAAAACAUCGACCACACAGACGUUGCGUUGUUGAUACGACGGUUACCUAACCUUACAAACCUUGGCAGUUACUCAUUCGUCGGGAAAUCUCUUUACUACAUCUACAACAACGACUGCCCGCCCGAUUUCAAAACAAAGUUACAAUACAUCCACGACGCUCAAACGAAUAUGAGGACCAUGAAAGCGAUAGUAGCUUUAUGUCCGAAUUUAGAAACAAUUUACCUAGAAGAGCCCGAUUCAGGCGUUCUUGCCUCGAUCAAAGAGUUUAAAGAUAUUAAUAAAAUUAAACUUAACAAAUUCCAGUGCCAUGAGCUGCAUCAGCUACUCGACAAAAUCGGAUAUAAAAUCGUUACUCUUAUGUUGUCUGGUUCAUUAGGAUCAUUCAACUUCACUAGGAUAGCAGAAACGUGCAGAAACUUGGAGAGUUUGGAGUUCUAUCAAAUACAAACCGCGACGCACGAAGAAGAAAUUCCAUUUACAAAACUAGAGCAUAUAGAAAUAGUUCAAGGAAAUUUAUCGUCUUCUUGCCUCAAAUAUUUAAUGUGUGGAAGCCCGAAGCUGAAGAAGAUUAUAAUAGCAGACGAAAUUAAGCUGGAUGACAACGAUAUGUCGCGAAUGCUCCGCCGUUACAAAUUCGAGCAUCUUGAAGGCAUUUGGUUCCCGAACGCGCCCCGCCUAACCCGGGACACCGUGGAACUGCUUAUGGAAUGCUGUCCGAAACUACAGAGCUUGGGACAACUCAGCGGCUGGCGGUUCACGCCUGAUGAUAUGAUGCUGAUGAGGGCUAUCAUAGCGAGCACUAAUAUCGAUCUAGUGCUGUCGCCGUUAGGUAUUUUCCAGCAAGGAAGUUAGGGCAUAUAUACUAGAUGCCGCUCUUGGCGAUGGUACCUUCGUUUAAUUGGUAGUUGAGCUGUACCUCAAGUACCAAUUAAACGAAGCCAAAAAAGAGUAGAAAAUAAUAGGGGCGCCACAGUCUAUGGAAGCAGCUUUGCAUAUGGCGACUAUUUUGACAAUUCUGUAUGAAAAAAAGUGUUGCCAUGAUUUAAAAAAAACUUACGGUUCUAUUAUUUUUUGUGAAGCUGUAACUGGCGCUUUUGAUGACCAUGUUACAUUUUAUAUGGAAUCUCAAUUCGAAUGGACAACGGCUUUUUAAAUUGUAUGCUAGUAUUCAUCGUCGAUCGAUAGCAACUCGACAGAAAUAGUAAUAAAAUUGAAAAUGAUAUAAUAAAAAUAAAAAUCCAGCUGCAAUUUUAAAUAAAUUUAUUUGUGGGAACCACAAAACCUUAAAUAAAAUUGAAAUAAUGUAAAGUAAGAUUUUUAAAUGAUGUAAAGUAAAAUAUGCCCACACGUUGGGUAUGCCUAAUUGCCUAUUAAUAAAAUAAACAGUUGAAAUGCAA